AUGAACGACUCUAAGGAAGAAGUUUUCAAAGUCGGAAUUCGAAUACCGCCCUUCUGGCCCGAAGAGCCUGCGUUAUGGUUUGCGCAACUAGAAGCACAGUUCGCCGUGUCUGGUAUUAGCAGCGAUCAAACGAAAUUUUAUUACCUCGUUUCUCAACUUGAUCGUCAGUUUGCAAUUGAAGUACGAGACAUCAUAACUGACCCCCCGGCUGAGAAUAAGUAUGGUAAACUUAAACAGGAACUUAUUAAACGCCUCUCACCGACACCGGAGAAACGCUAUAAGCAGCUGUUGACGCACGAGGAGCUCGGUGAUCGGACGCCCUCGCAGUUCUUGCGUCACCUGCGGAGCUUGGCUGGCCCUACGGUCCCCAUGGAUUUCCUCAUUACCUUGUGGUCUAGCAGAUUACCUCUAAAUAUCCAGACAGCUAUAGCGUCGCAAAUAGAUCUUCCUGCGGACAAACUCGGUGAGUUGGCCGAUAGAGUCUUCGAGAUUGCACCUGUAACUCCUCAGCUGGCUNGCGGACAAACUCGGUGA